ACGACACAUUCCCAAGUGUACGUGAACGCAGCGGGACUCCAGAGUUCAGCGGAGUUGGCACAGCGCAAAACUCCACACAGCAGCUGCUUUUUCGCUCAUAAACUGCCUUUAAAAGCGCGUCUUUACUGCACUGAUCACUUCUUAGGUGUCCGGAGACGUGCUGAUGUCGCUGUUAGCAUGACGAACGGCACACAGACACGCUUUAACCUCUGCGUAAAUUCAAUAACAACAUUAACGCACCCGAGCGGUCUGCGCACAAAGAAGAAAGGAUCGUAAGAAUCAGAUUAAAAGAUGGACUCCCCACCGCCUGACCCUGCUCCUGCAGCUACCUCCAGCUCCCCUCUCCCUCCUCUCUCCUCUCCCCCCCCCACAGACGUGGAGGAGCUGGACUCUUUCAACCCCCUGGAGCCCCCCCCUCUGGACUGGAGGUCUGACUCCUCCAGUGAGGAGGGCUCAGCUGACGGUCUGAACCAUCUCACAGACAGCUUGGAUAAGGACAGCCCAGAUCUUCCUUCGACCAGCAACGAAGGACAGCAAGAGAGAGAAACCAUCCAAAAAACUCAUAUAGAGCAGAUCUUAGACGGCAUCUGUGGGGAUAAUUCUGAUCAGGAACUUGUUAGCGGAUUGGACACAGAAGAUGACAAGGAUAAAACAAGAAAUUUAAAAAGUAUUAGUGAAAUUUCAGAACACACUACAGACUUGGAAGAGCACGGUUGUAUAGAUUUUUGGGAUAAUCCGCUCACAUCCAACCAAACUGAUCAGUUUUCCAGUGUGGUAAAUCUGGAGUCUGAAUUUCAAGUUUCAAGGGACACGUUUGACAAUGAAUUUGGGAGUUUGAAGCAGGAUUUUAACCCAGACAUCCCCCAAACAAAAGUGUAUAAGAUUCUAGAGUUAGAGUUGGAAGGAAGUGCAGAUGUGAAAACACAAACUGAAGCCAAUUACAAUGUGAGCCGUUCGAAUCACGAAAACGAAACAGAUUUUGGUGCUACAAAUUUAGCUGAAACACAAAAUGGCAAAUCGGUAAAACCAUUUCAGUCUGAAUUUGAAGGUAUUUACACACCAACAGAGACCAAAACCAUGGAAGAACCUAUAAAUGACAAUGAUCAAGUUAGCAGUUUAAAGCAGGACAACACAGAGAGGAGAAGCUGUGGAGAUAUGGAGGAUGAAGACCACAGUCGCAUCCAUAGCCUCCUGAACCAGCUCCAGAUCAGGAGAGAGGAGGAGGAGGAGGAGGAGGAGGCUUACCCCACUCAGAGCACUCCUCCACGGGCUGCGCUGUCCCAGCCUCGACCCCCCUCUCCAGACGCCGAUGAAAGGACUGGUCUGCUGUUUUCUGAAGAUCACCAGAGAGACGUGGUGGGUCUGCUGCAGAGCACAGACAUCCCUGGCCCUGGUCCUCACACUCACACAGGGGACAUGGAUGCCGUGGUGUCUGUGUCCUACAGUGAGGAGGAUACUCGGAGGUACUGGGGACACUAUGACAAAGCUCCAGCCCGGACACUCAGGGAGGACUCGUUCUCCUCUCAGCCUGACGAAGAGGAGCCUGAGCCGGUGUGGAUGAAGCUGGGAGAGGAGCCGCCCGACCUCCAGGCUUCUGCUGGGACUGAUAUGGAAGCUGAGCCCUCAUACAAAGAUGUGCCUGGGCCAUGUGACCCCGAGGACCUGCUGGAUGGGGUCAUAUUUGGGGCCAAGUACCUGGGCUCCACUCAGAUCAAGUCAGACCGGAACCCCUCCACCAACGCCCGCAUGAGCCAGGCACAGGAGGCCGUGGACCGCAUCAAGGCCCCAGAGGGAGAGUCUCAGCCCAUGACUGAAGUGGACCUGUUCAUCUCCACUAAAAGAAUCAAAGUGCUGACUGCAGACACACAGGAGGCCAUGAUGGAUCACCCCCUGCAGAUGAUCUCAUACAUUGCAGACAUCGGGCACAUCGUGGUGCUUAUGGCCCGAAGGAAACGCAAAGGACCGGAGGCCGAGAGCCAGAAAAAGUGUCUGAUGAUCUGUCACGUUUUCACCUCAGAGGAUGCACAGGUGAUCGCUCAGGCCAUAGGGCAGGCCUUUGGAGUGGCCUAUCAGCAGUUCCUGCAGGUGAACGGGAUUCGAGCCAGUGACCUGAAGCCCGGAGAGUACAGCCACUACCUGGAAAGUCAAGAGCUGUACAACGGAGACCUGGCCCACUUCUGCGACGAACAGAACCUUAAAGAAGUGGUCAUCACCAAGCCCCCGGGGGAGAUGCUGGGUCUGGCUGUGGUGGAGUCGGGCUGGGGGUCUAUCCUGCCCACUGUAGUGGUGGCCAACAUGCUCCACGGGGGACCGGCCGAGCGCUGCGGGGAACUCAGCAUCGGAGACAGGAUCAUGAGCGUGAAUGGAACCAGCCUGGUGGGACUGCCCAUCUCCACCUGCCAGAACAUCAUCAGGGAUUUGAAAAGUCAGAAGUACGUGAAGCUGAGCAUAGUGCACUGCCCCCCGGUGACCAUGGCCAUCAUCAGGAGACCAGACCCCAAGUACCAGCUGGGCUUCAGCGUCGAGGAUGGCAUCAUCUGCAGUCUGAUGCGCGGGGGCAUUGCAGAGAGGGGGGGCAUCCGCGUGGGUCACCGCAUCAUCGAGAUUAAUGGCCAGAGUGUGGUGGCCACUAGCCACGAAAAGAUCAUCCAGACCCUCACCAACGCUGUGGGAGAGAUCCACCUGAAGACCAUGCCCGCCUCCACGUACCGCCUCCUCACAGGACAGGAGCAGCCCGUCUACCUGUGACCUGUGACCUGUGACCUGCUGUGGACGUACCAAAACAAAGCACAUAUGCAAUCUAUCAUGGACUACACGCUCGGCUCAUUCACUGUCAUUAUAUGAUGUAAAGAUUUUUUUUAAAAAUGGGGACAUGCAAGUUCCUUUUUAGUAUUUAUGUUUAAUAAUGCAACAAUAGUUUAAGGUGAAAUGACUGUGUCCACAAGAGCAAUAUGACAGCGCUAACAUUGUGUUACUAGACAAUGACAAAGCUGUAUUUUUAUUACAUUUUAGUCUUGGGAUGCUAUGCUUCAGUAUCUGUACAGGAAACAACUGAGUCUAUUGAUACUUUGCCGUGAUAUUGCACUGAGGGGUAUUUCAUGUAUAUUUAUGGCAGAAUGUUCAGCAGUUACCAUGGUGACACAGUGUACACAUUUGCAAACAUUGCCAAGUAAGUUUUAAGAUUUGGAUUUAAACAACGUAAUACAAGCAUCCAUGGUGUUUCAGUGCCUCUAGUUGGCUUUACUCGGCAGAAUGAUGAUGACAUCAGCUGCAAAGUAUCACUAGUCUGUUUUUGGCUGUGUGUUUUCAGAGAUACUGUGCCUCUCCUCACCCAAGCUUAACAUAUGCAAAAGUAACUGCCUUAUUUGUAAGAGAAAGAUGCCUAUAUUUUUAAGAAUUUGCUCUUUUCAGUCUUUAUUAAAAAUAAUAUUAUGAUA